AUGUAUCGUGGAUACUGCGAACGUUGCAAGAAGGAAAUGCUGCGGGAGGAGGACAUCAGGAAGAUAACUAGAGAAAUGCUGGACGUUCGCAUCAACGGUGGGCCAAAGGCGCUUAUAAUUAACACGGGAGCGGAAUUGAAUGGGAGGCCAAUGGUACUGGAGAAUGGAACCGAAAAAGCAUGUAAGCAGAGGAGGGAGUCAAUCAAAGGAGGAGGCGACGAAACAACAAAAUUAACACGAGAGCAGGUUAACAGGCUUCAGGAUAGUCAGCGCCAGAUAAUUAUCGAUACAUUCACAAAAAUGGAGCAGAGCCCGGUAAAGACAGGUCUCAAAAUACUUGUAAAGAUGUUUGCCGAAUAUCCUCAAUACAAACAAAUUUGGCCACAAUUUCGAGCAAUCCCGGACUCGUCACUAAUGAAUGCAAUCGAAUUAAGGAGACACGCUUCCGUCUAUAUGUGUGGACUGGGGGCUAUAAUUCAUUCCAUGAACAAUGAGAACGAUCUGGCCUUGCAGAUGAAUCGGAUAGCGAAGGCGCAUAUCAAAUGGAACGUUCACAGGAAGCACGUUAUACACAUGUUGGAGCCUGUCCUUGACUUGGUGGAAGAGUGCAACGACGGAAAACUCGACUACGAAACCAAAGAGGCUUGGACCACCUUAUACAACGUCAUCGCCGAUCUCAUUGAGAUAUAUCGAUACAAGAAUAGCAAUAUGUAG